CGUGACGUCAGAAUGGUCCUUUGUGAAGAUCAAAGGAUCACAGAGCGAGGGGGCGUUCCAAGAUGGCCGAGUAAGUACACGCUUACUCCCCAGCUUAGCAAAUGUAACGCUAUAAUACUGUAGGAACACUGUGUCAACUCAGACCUCAGAAGCUUUUUCGGUAUUUAAGCCAGAAAAGGACUGAUUUUGAUCAAUAAAGCGACAAAAUGUCACAGCGUGACCAGGGCUGGACUGGGACAAAAAAAUCGGCCCGGGCAUUUUGACUAGAGACCGGCCCACGAAAAAUGUGACGACGAUGCCCAAGGAAAUCAAGAACGGGCAACCCAAACUGGCAUUUAGACGGAUUAAUAAUCAGUCCAUGCUCCGCCAAACGCUGAAAAACCUGACGCAGAUGGAACAUGUGCUGCUCCUUCGAGCUGCUGGCCACCAGUAUAUCAUCAAGAUAUACAAAAACAAAGGGCAGCCCGCGCAAGACCGAGUCCAUCAACCGCUGGAAGGUUUGGGCGGCACCUUUCAGGCCAAACGGCAUGCGCAGAAACUGGAAAAGGCCGAAAGGUGUAAUUACGGCGGUUUUGGGGACAUCCUCGGGAACCUGGUGAUAUCCCCGUACCAAAUCGAUCUUCGAAAAUGACACAGCAUCAAUUAAACGUCUGUUAGCAACAUCAACCAGCAGCCCGUGAGCACAAAGAAAAUCAGCGCCUAUUAUAGGCACAGAGCUAGCAGCAACAACAAAGUUCCACUGAAAGUCACGGUCGUGAAAGCAAACAGUCACCAACCUUUUGUAACCCAGUGUUAAUUUGGUUAUCUGACUUUGUGUGAUAUUCAGUAUAUAUGUAUAUAUCUAUAUUGGGUGUUAUAAAAUGUUCUUCAAUGAUUUUGAGGUUUUUUUUAUAUUGCUAUGGGUUUGCGGCUGCUUUACGACAGUCGACUGUAGUGGUACAUCCUAGCGGGAGGGGCUAUGAGCUCACGUGGCUUGUAGCUGUGCCAGAGAGCAAGCUUGGGUGAGCUAGCGGGGAAUAUCUCCUUAUGCAGUAGCCUUGAAAAGGAUUAUUGUUCGUUCUCCUGCCAGACGCCUCGCUGCUGUGCUGCCUCGCUGCUGUGCCGCCUCGCUGGUGCCAUUAAAGGACAAGCGGCCGCCAUCCCUUCAUCCAUCCGGACCUUGAUUAUUUGGACCGAAGUACUCACACACACGCCCGCACUCAGUGCCAUACAGUCUCUUUAUUUUGCUGGCCAGCUAAUACCAUUGUUUUUUUUUGUUUUGUUUUGUUUGCAUUCAUAAAGACUAUCCAAAGACAUUUUGGUUAUUGUCAAAUAGACACUCUCUGAUUACGGACUGAGGAGGUUGUGGUGUUACAACCCCAGGACUGAGAAGGACUCUUUACAUAAUAUAUUCACUUGUCUCCUGGUUAGGAGAAGUGACUAUUGAUGGAAAUAUUUUUCUUUUUGUCUUUAUUUACAUUGUAUCCCAAAGAAGUUUUAAGUUGUUCAGGUUGAAACAUUUGCACUUAGUCUGUUAAGUUUCCUUUGAUGUAUCAGUGUCAAGCUGAUGUUUAAGAGGGUAUGUUAAGGACAGAUGUGCUCCAGUCCAUCCAAUCCUUUAAAGUGCUGGACACCGAUGGUAAAUUGCCAUCAGACCCUAAAUAAAUUGUCCUCUGCUGUUAUCCAUAUUGCUUCACUCAUUCUUUGGUGAGUAGACGUAUUGGUUACAACUAAAAGUAGUAGGAAAAAUUGGCGCCCGAACAGGGACUGGAGCGCAUCACUAACUUUAUCCUGAAGCACAUGCACAGACAUCUGUGAAUUCAUCUACUGCUUUGCAGAGAGAGACGAUGGAGUUUUGUGACAGGUAUGGUUUUGAUCCAGAGUACACUGUUUUGUUAAAAGGGGUUAAAGCCGAGAUUAAACUACAAGAGGUGCAAAGAGCAUUUGAUUUGCUGGAUCUCGUUGUCAAAAUUCAACAAAUAGAUAGUCUCCCUGACACUAUUUUGUGUCAGUUCAUGGAGUUCAUUACCCCAAUGCUCUUAGAUGGAGAACAUUCAGCAGAUGGGGAGUGUUGGGAGGUUAUUCAGAUAGAUGAGUACUGUCCUCAGGGACCUGACAGUUUUCACCUGGUGCAUGAUGUGGUCCCACUUGCUCGAGCAAUUGAUGAUGUGACUGCUAGUUUCAGAGAACAAGUAAACGAACUGGCAUUAGCAUAUAAUGUGAGCCCCAUGACUUUAAAUCAGGCUGCAGUGAGCCACAUGUGUGGGAAAAAUGAUACAUAUCAGGGGUUAGCUACCUCAACUCCUGCCUUGGGAGUUAAAACUCAGUCCACACCCGGUCCCAGGUCAACUGCCGCCUGUGAUGAUGGCCAUGUGCCCAAGGCUAAACAGGCACUUGAUGCGGACUCCCUGCUUGUUGAUCCUUUGCCAGCGGAGGUUCAGAGAGUCAUUGUGGAGCACAUUGUAAAACAUGACUCGCCCAUGCACACUCCCUCUGGUUUUGAGCUCCGCUCAUUUUCAGGAAACUCUCCAAAACCCCCUAAUGAGGUAGAGUACAGGGUAUGGCGACUUAGAGCUAAACAGGUACUAAAUGACUCUACCCUUUCCGAAGGGCAGCAGCGCCGUGGUUUCCUCGAUAGCUUGGCUAGCCCUGCUUUGAAUGUAGCCCUUUCUAUUGGGUCUCAAGCACCACCAAAAGACUAUCUUGAUGAGCUUGACAAGGCUUAUGGCAAUGUCACUGGAGGUGAAGAGCUGUAUAUCCAGUACCUAGAGACUCAUCAGAAUAGUGGAGAAAAGGCAUCUGAUUACUUGCGCCGACUCCAGACGUUGCUGCAGGAGGUAGUUGACGGUAACGGCAGGCCUUCUGGCACCCUCCCACAGCACUGGAUGCUUGUACCAGAGGGCAACUGGAGAAAAAGAAAAAAAAAAAAGAAGAGGAGUGGAGGAAGUAUGUUCGCCCCCUUGUACAUGCUUAUAACUGUACAAAACAUGACGCAACUGGAGAAGCGCCCUUCCUUCUGAUGUUUGGUAGAGAGCCAUGGCUGCCGAUGACACUUGCAUUGUUCAAUAACUUUUUCCUGUCAUUACAACAACAGAUUGCUGGGUUAGUGCAAUCUCUGUCGGGUGAUAGUGACGGGACGUCACACUUUAAGCAGGGGUGUAUGUAACCCAGUGUUAAUUUGGUUAUCUGACAUUGUGUGAUAUUCAGUAUAUAUGUAUAUAUCUAUAUUGGGUGUUAUAAAAUGUUCUUCAAUGAUUUUGAGGUUUUUUUUAUAUUGCUAUGGGUUUGCGGCUGCUUUACGACAGUCGACUGUAGUGGUACAUCCUAGCGGGAGGGGCUAUGAGCUCACGUGGCUUGUAGCUGUGCCAGAGAGCAAGCUUGGGUGAGCUAGCGGGGAAUAUCUCCUUAUGCAGUAGCCUUGAAAAGGAUUAUUGUUCGUUCUCCUGCCAGACGCCUCGCUGCUGUGCUGCCUCGCUGCUGUGCCGCCUCGCUGCUGUGCCAUUAAAGGACAAGCGGCCGCCAUCCCUUCAUCCAUCCGGACCUUGAUUAUUUGGACCGAAGUACUCACACACACGCCCGCACUCAGUGCCAUACAGUCUCUUUAUUUUGCUGGCCAGCUAAUACCAUUGUUUUUUUUGUUUUGUUUUGUUUGCAUUCAUAAAGACUAUCCAAAGACAUUUUGGUUAUUGUCAAAUAGACACUCUCUGAUUACGGACUGAGGAGGUUGUGGUGUUACAACCCCAGGACUGAGAAGGACUCUUUACAUAAUAUAUUCACUUGUCUCCUGGUUAGGAGAAGUGACUAUUGAUGGAAAUAUUUUUCUUUUUGUCUUUAUUUACAUUGUAUCCCAAAGAAGUUUUAAGUUGUUCAGGUUGAAACAUUUGCACUUAGUCUGUUAAGUUUCCUUUGAUGUAUCAGUGUCAAGCUGAUGUUUAAGAGGGUAUGUUAAGGACAGAUGUGCUCCAGUCCAUCCAAUCCUUUAAAGUGCUGGACACCGAUGGUAAAUUGCCAUCAGACCCUAAAUAAAUUGUCCUCUGCUGUUA